AUGAACACAGAUCUGCAGGACCCUGGAGCCCUCACCAACUACCUGACGACACUCCCAGAAGUACUCACGGAUAACGAACUUCUUGCCGUGUCCAGAAGCCUGACCAGCGCGGUUGGGCCCUCUAACAACUUAACGGCGAAUCAGACCAGCAAGCUCCUGGAUUCAGCCGUUGGAGUGUUUCUGCGGAUAAACGCUUCAACUGCGAGCGAGGAGGCCAAGCUUGGAGUUGCCGAAUCACUGAACGAUCUGGCGACAGCCGGGUUUGGAGCCGAGCUGCAGAACGGGACACAGGCAGCAGCCAUGGCCGCUGGUACAUUAUCCGUGAUUCUGAAUCUGGCACCUGCGAACAAGACUGCAGAUACACCCCUGGGGAAAACACUGGACAAGGUAUUUCAGUCUUCAAUGGCAGGCCUGGGCAUGGCCAAGAACAUCACUGACCCAAAGCUAGCUGAAGACCUGAGCAACAAUUUCUUGUCAGCAGUUACAGUGUUUGGUACUGGUAGCGAUCCAGAUGCGCAACUUGCGGUUGCUGGCGCAGUGGAGAAUCUUUCUACCGCUUUGUCUCGUACUACUGGUGGUAAUGACACGGACAACAACGCCACCGUCGCCAUGGCAUCAGGCUUUCUUGGUACGUUAGACACUCUCUUAACACCUGAGCCUGCUGAGCCAAAAGGACCCGCCCCAUCUCCAGAUAAGAAACGGGCCAUAACAAAGAAAUGUGCCGAGGCAGUGAAGAACCUAGGAAACAUGCUGUCCAACGGUCUGCCAGAGAACUCCACGAAGAAGGUGGAAGUCAGUCGCGGAGGUCUGACCGUGGCGGCGCAGGGGAUCGACAAGGCCGCCGCAGAGAAGCCAAUGACCGCCGGGCGCAGUUCGGUCAAACUACCGACGGGGUUUCUGGACUUAGUCCCGGAACCGGCAGACACGUUUGGUAAUGAGGAACGGGAGGAGAGCCGGAUCGUGGUUCAGGUUGUGCUGUAUGACACAAAUCCGUACGUUUGGAACUCGACCGGGAAGACCAGCGUGGAGUCGUCUGUCCUAGACAUCGUCAUCAAGAGAAUGCCCGGAAACCACGUCAUCAAGAUGACGUCACUUCCGAGCGACUUCGUCAUCGUUCUACCACAGGAGGUAGAGGACCUGUCCUUCAAUUACUUUCACAUCAACGACUCAGACACCCUAUACGACAUCAAGUUCCACACCAUCAACAUCACCAGCGACGCUCAGGCGCUUACCAUCGCCGUGGUUCCAAGUGUUCCUGGUACCAAACUAACCCUGUACCUUCGUGACAACGGUUUUCCUACUCACGAUGCUUACAACAUGACUACCAUCGUUACAAGGGGCAAGAACGCCAGUCAUGGCCUGGACAGUAGUUCCGUUGGCUCCUUCUCGUUCUUUUUCACCAACGUAAGCGAUCUGUCGACCUUGCACUUGGGAGUGUACUUGAAUGAGAGCGACAGCGGUGUUCCUAUCGGUGAGAGUGGCUUUGGAUACCACCUGAGCGUGCGAGGUCUGAGCUGCAGUUUUUGGAACGAGCGCUUGGAGUAUUGGCAAGGCGAGGGUUGUAAGGUUAGCGCAGACUCCAGCCCGGAGUCGUCAGUUUGCCUGUGUGACCACCUGACAGCUUUUGGCGCCAGUUUCAUGACACCCCCAAACUCCAUCGACUUCAACACCAUCUGGGGGAAGUUCGCCAAUCUGGGCCAGAAUCCUGGAGUUUUUGCUACAGUUUGGGUCUUCAUAGGGCUGUAUUUCAUCGGUGUGAUCUUCGCCAGGCGCGCAGACAAAAGAGAUGCCAUACAGGCCGCCGUAUUGCCUCUACCAGACAACCGACCGAAGCACAGCCAUGCGUACCUGCUGUCGGUGUUCACCGGCUCCCAGCCCGGGUCUGGCACGGACUCCAGGGUGGUGUUCAUGGUCACGGCUGAGAACGGAGACUCGGGCGUCAGGGCGCUGGGGAACCAGGCGAAGGUUCUCAACAGAUCGACGAACAAGAUGUUCUUGAUGACAACAGAACAAAACCUGGGAAAUCUCCAGAACCUCCACAUUUGGCACGACAACAGCGGGAAGAGAGACCGGGACUCCUGGUACCUGGACAGGGUAGUGGUUCAAGACCUACAGAACGGCUCAACCUCCAUUUUCCUGUGCGAUGAUUGGCUGGCCGUUGACCGAGCCGACGGGCUGAUCUACAAGAACCUCCCCGUAGCCAGCGAGGAGGAUCUGACGUCAUUCAGCUAUCUCUUCACCACAGCAGCCAAGAAGAACUUCAUCGACGGACACUUAUGGAUAUCUACUAUAGCUGACGGGAUUUCUGCAAACUUCACCAGGGUGCAACGUUGGUCGUGCUGUUUCUCCAUCCUCUUCUGCACUAUGAUCUCCAACGCGAUGUGGUACCGUACGGACGACAGUGUGGAGUCCCCCUCCGUGCUGCGGCUCGGACCCUUCAGCUUCAGCCUCCACCAGCUGUACGUCAGCGUCAUGAGCAGUCUCACCGUCCUGCCCGUCAACGUCAUCAUCGUGCAGAUCUUCAGGAGCACACCCAACUCUAGGGGGAACGAGGUGGUUCCAGACAUUCCAGGUCUAGGUCAGAGUAACGGCAGCAAAGACAAGAUGCUUCCCUACUGGUUAGUGUACGUGGGCUGGGUUCUGGUGUUCCUGUCGUCUUCCGUUUCCGCCUUCUUCACGAUUCUGUACAGUCUGGAGUGGGGGAAGGAGAAGGCAGACGCCUGGCUCAUGACAUUCUUCCUCUCAUUUGUACAGUCGACGCUCGUCAUCGAGCCAUUAAAGGUCGUCAUCGCGGCAGCUUUACUUUCCCUGAUGUGUAAGAAGAUGAUGGCUACUGGUGAAGAGCUUACGAAGAACGUUAAAGCACUGGCGACAAUAGAUGAAGAAGAGACAGACGACCAGAACAGUUUCAUCAGGGAACAGCGCCGAAAAGGAGCACCCAGACUGGACAAGUCCACCGUCCUGCAGGCUGGAGAGUACCGACAGCGGCGCUACAAAGUCAGCCAGACUCUCCAGGAGAUCGUGUCGUACUUGGUUUUCCUCACUUUCCUUCUUUGCGUGGCAAACGUCGGGGUCACCAACCUGCCGUACUACCUGCACCGUUCGAUGCAGCAGACGUUCAGUGACAAGUUGUUCAAGAGCAUCAUAAAGAACGGGACAAAGGAGAACCUGAAGACGUGGCUGGAGAAGACGGUGGUGACGGAGCUGUUUCCGAUGCCGGCGGGAAGAACGAGGCGCAGUGUGGACACAACCGGCUCGCCGAUCAUGUCGAACCUGCCGCUCUACAGGCUUACGGAGCCCAGGCUGCGGCAGCAAAGGGUACUGGACAAUGGCGAUUGGAUGGAGGGGGAUGCCUUUCCUGGAUGGAAAUCAUCCGGACUUGGCAAUGCAAGUGUUCCCAGUCAUCUACAGACUGGCUGGAACUUUUCUGCAGGACUAGGGUACAACAUAUUCCCGUACGUCGGAACGCUUCAAUCCUUCUACGAAGGCGGCUUCAACGCAGAGUUCGGCAAAUCAAGAAACUCUGCAAAGGGGACUAUAGCUUAUCUUUACUCCAACGACUGGAUUGAUCGUAAAGCUCGAGUCGUGUUUCUAGAAUUUGCAUUGUACAGCGCCGACGCGAACCUCGUGUGCACAGUUACCUACCUCUUUGAGUUUACGCCAAUCGGUGCAGCCAUCCCCACAUCGUCGAUUUCCGUCUUCAGACUCUAUGACUACGUCGGAGCGCAAGGAAUUCUGCUUGGGUUCUUGCAAGUGAUCUUUACACUCUUGGUUUUUCAUCUUACAUGGAGACAACUAAAGGACAUUUACCACAGUGGUUUGGCAUACGUGAGUGACAUAUGGAACUGGGUUGAAGUGGUGAAUCUGACGUUUGCUUGGAUGGUGAUCUUUGUUGGGGUGACAAAGAUUGUGAUUGUUUCGAAGACGAACAUUCCUCAUCUGCAGGAUGGGACUGAAGACACCCAUGAAAGACUAGUUCAGCUUGCCUUCAUCUCAGCCCUUUUCAUCUGGACGAUGGCGGCGGUGGUCUUCGUCAACACCGUGAAGUUUCUGAAGCUCCUGCGGUUCAACAAGAUCAUCUCCUCUCUGUCUCAAUGUCUGCGCGCGCUCUACAAACCACUCAUAAACUUCAUGGCUGUCUUCUUUGUCGCAUUCCUGGCUUUUACGUUCUUCGGGUGGCUGGCGUUCGGCCGCGGUCACAAGAACUACCGAACAGGGAUACAAUCGCUCACGCACACCUUCAUGAUCGCGAUUGGGAAGGUUUCCCUGUUCAUACCCGUCACCAGAUCCAACGAGUUUGCGAAGCUCUACUUCUUUGCCUUCAUCAUUGUGAUGGUUUACUUGAUGAUGAACCUCCUUAUUUCGGUGAUAAACGAGGCUCUGGCGAUCAGGGGCGAUGCGCAGCUACCACCGGAGCAGAAGGAGAUCGCGGAUGGGAUGAGGGAGAUGGCUCUGCGGGUCGCCGGGAAGAGACGACAAACUCGCUUACCAGAUCUUUACGCUUCGAAGUCGGCGACAGACGAACUUGAGCACCUCCUGGAGGAAGUGGAAACCAGAGUUCGGGACAUCAAUGUCGAGUGGAGAGAGAUGGACAACAAAGUUCUGCAGCGACUUCCGGAAUUAUCUAUCAACACUCAAGAAGCGCCGGCUCGUCAGCACUUUAAGGACUUGUUGUAGUUAUCUCACCUCACCUCAGUUAUACCUGGUCAUAAACUAUGGCUAGGUCAAGUAUAUAAAAAAGUUAUUGACCAUAUGUAACAACAUUACCU